CGUAACCUUUCGGCGCUCUUGCAGGAAAGCCGUUUGAUAUUAUUAUUAUUAUUAAUAUUAUUAUUGUUAUUAUUUCCUUCUUAACAGAUAUAUUGAAGACACUUACAUGCCGAUCAGACAACAAACAAGUUAGGCUUUCAUUCGCUAGCAGCAUUAAAAAUGAUGGAGGAUUUCUCAGGCCUUGCUUUGCCUCCUCUUUUCGGUGGUCACAUCCUGGAGGCUGAACUGGAGGCUGCAGGAGUCGAGCUGUCUUCAGGAGCCACUGAGAUCUUAGAGAGCGGAGGAACUUCUCAAGACGUACAGAAGGACACGAGUGAUGUUGACAAGAAGAAAUAUCAGGCUUUGGGCAAAAGGGUCAAGGAGCUCGAGCAAGUGAACGAAAGGACCCUCGCUCGCCUUCACCACGUCCAGAGACUCACACGUAGAAUGAAGAAAGAGAGAAGAUUCCUCAUGAAGACUUUGGACGCAUACGGAGACGAUUACAGGAAGGCUGAGCUCACAAUACCACUAGAGGACGAGGGCGGAGUCAGUAUAGACGGAACCCCUGGAGGAGAAGAGGAUGGCGCUUGCCCAUCCGUCACCAACCAGUCAGCAUGUGGAGUGAAGAAAAAGCGGCAUCGGGUUCCAAAGGAGAAAGAGAGAGACACUCAGGCUGAGUCAGAGCUGUGCGUGAUGUCUGAAACUCCGUUCACAGCGUUCCCAAGCCCAAACUCCCUCUCGCACUGACUCCACCUCCUCUAGUCUGAAGAAAAACUGUACAUACUAAAAUGUAGUUUAGAAAACAAGAUAUAGAGCUAUGAAGCUGAUUUACCAACAGGUACCGAAACCUUACAGCCACCAGUUUAGCACUGUAGAAUCCACCUGUCUAAAUCAUGACACUUUGUUAAAAAAAAAAAAAAAAAUUAUAUAUAUAUAUUGUAUAUAUUUGUGUAUAUAUAUAUAUAUAUUUUUUGACCCAAACCAAGUCUCUGAUUCAGGCACACAGCUAAACUGGUAGCUUUAAGCGUCAACAAAGCUUUAUUUGCCUUGAAAAUUGUGUACAUUU